ACGCGGCGCGGACUAUUCCCGCAGCAUCAACCAUUGGACCCGUAAGCUCACGUCCGCAUCGGCACGUUGGACACGCGUGUGACACAAUUUAUUCUACAUAAUCGGGACUGAUACUGUGCCAUUAACUUCACGACGAGCGCGUAUAUCGCGGGAGUUUAUGUAGCAUCCGAAAAACGUGUUUCAACCCCGCGGCAGCGAUCGGACAGUGAGACGAGAGCCUCUCUUCGAGCUUUCGCGACCCUUCGCCGCAUCGAAGGGAAUUCCUUCGUUUUUAGAGAUCCACCGGUAUUCCAUUAACCAUCGGCGGGACGUUGAUCGAAGGGAAGUGUGCGAGAGAGUCAAGCGAGCGAGUCUCGGAUGGUCUGUUUGACGGAUAGCUUGGUUUGAUGCGAGCCUGAAUCGCGCAAUCGGUGAUUCUGGUGACACGAAGCCCGAGGAGGCAGAGCAGGGAGUAGUGAAGUGCAAUAGUGCCGAACCAGCCUCUGAGCGUGAACGGAAGAAAUGGCAUCGGCGGCAGCGGAAUUGGUGGCGGAGAGAGAGCUGGAGUUACGAAUCGAGAUGACAGACUCGAACAGGACCUUCGUAGGUGCACAAAGCCUCGUCAAGAUGGCCCUGGACCAGUACACAGAGAUCCUCACAACGGUCUCCGACCCACGUGUCAGCGAUUGGCCGCUGAUGGAUUCACCUGUACCGACGAUCCUUAUGGUUCUCCUUUAUCUGUACGGAGUUGUCAUAUUCGGGCCGCGUAUGAUGGCCAACAGAAAACCAUAUAAACUCAGGGGAAUUCUCGUGACGUACAACGCGUUUCAAGUCGUUUUCUCGCUAGGGAUGCUGUACGAGCACUUAAUGUCUGGAUGGCUAUUAGACUACAGUUACAAAUGCCAACCGGUCGACUACUCUCACAAUCCGUCCGCUCUGAGGAUGGCAAAUCUCUGUUGGUGGUACUUCAUCAGCAAAUUCACGGAAUUCGCUGACACGAUAUUUUUUGUAUUACGCAAGAAGGACAGUCAAGUCACAUUCCUACACUUGUACCAUCAUUCUCUAACACCCUUGGAGACGUGGAUCUGCGUGAAAUUUAUCGCGGGCGGUCACGGCACCUUGGGCAAUCUCAUAAACAACGCGGUGCAUGUGAUCAUGUAUGCAUACUACAUGUUAUCGGCCAUGGGUCCGGAAUAUCAGAAGUACUUGUGGUGGAAGAAGCAUUUGACUACCGUACAAUUGGUGCAGUUCUUCGUGGUGUUUGUGCAUAGCGCGCAGGCUCUCGUCUUUGAUUGCGGUUAUCCAAAACUGGUGGCGACCCUUCUGCUACUUCACUCGACGAUCUUCAUCGUGCUCUUCUCGGACUUUUACAGAACUGCUUAUCGUAGAAAAUUCACGAAGGAGCUCAAGGCUGAAUAAAACACACGUGGGACACAUGGAAGGGAAAACCUUCGUUCGGAUGCCGAACAAAAAACACACACACAUGUCGUGUAUUUGUCCAAAUGUGACUUCUAACACCAGCGAUCUGACUUCGAAAGCCCGCCCUUACGCUCGUCAAUAUAUCGAGAAAAAAAUUAUUACACAAAAAAAAAAUUCAUAAAAAUGCAGGCAUCAGUAAACUAUAAUAGGAAAUUCUAAGUAAGCGCGAUAAAGAUAUCAUAAUUUUUCGUAUACUCUAAAAGCGACGGGAUUAUCAAAUCAAGUCGGCAAAGAGAAAGGUGUCUGUCCGCCGAAACAAUUUAUAAUCCACGUGUAUCGCAGCUAAAAAAGCGCAAGUGAUGAAAAAGAGAAAGAUUUAACGAUGACAAGAGAAACUGAUAAAUGAAAUAGAAGUGUCAGUCGGCCAAUAGGCUAAUGUUUGCACCGGACUCUCGUAUCCGUUUAGUUGGAAAAAUGUAAUAAAAAAAAUCUAGGAUAAAAUAGAAAAAGAGAAAUAUUAUAAGAGUUGAAAAUUCUUCUUUUUAUACAACAAACGAUGAUCAAAUGUGAUUAUUUUAAAUCAUUUUUCCAGACAUAAACCAUAUUGGCUUUCGACACGUUGCGUUAGAUCAUCCCGAUAGACAAUCGAGGUCACAACGUUUCACUGGUGUCGAGCAUAAAUUGCUUCCGUAAGGAAGAGGGUUCUUAUUUUCAUUGUUACUCUCGAUAUCUUUCACACAGGACACUUCAGGUCCGCGCACACUUUGGACCGGCGCUUCUUAAACACCGGCCAAUUUUUAAAUGUCACCUUCAUCAUUUUUCGAUUGGUCUCUAUUGCUCAAGUUAUUUUUUAAUUUAGAGAAAACACAUUUUACAACAAGCAAACACAUGAAUAAAACAUAAUAAAUUAUAAUAUUAAAGAUAUCUGGAAUUUGAAGUCAUAAUAUAGUCGAUAAGCGCGAAGAGUGGUACGCGCACAUGAGACGAAAUAAUAAUAAUAAAAUGUGACUGGGAAAGUUACAUUGGGCAAUACGGAGUUAAAGAGCAUUCUGCGUAUGCCACAUUAGAAUAUUGUGCCAAGUGUGGUCAUGUUUCAGAAACUCGGAGUCGUCGUAUAUCGAGCAUAUACCAAUCGGUCCUCAGUGUCGUAAUUUACUUAUCGCUUCAUAAAAGUUACUACAUUUCAUCAAUUCCAUAGAAUUAAUGUAAAUAUAAAAGUAGUUAAACGCGCGCUUGUGGAGAUGUCUCUAGUAAAUUGCUAGAAAAUUUCUUUCAAUCCAUGAAUAUAAACUGUAAAGUGUACUUUGAGAAAUUAUAACGCGAAUGCUUUUGAUCUGCAAUAUUGUUUUCUGUAUAUUUUUAAUCUUGUGUGGAAUCCUUUCGAAAACUAAAAUCUCACUUUCGCAAGUGUUUCUAUUCCAUUGCGCUUACGAAAAAAAUUAUCACUAUAUUAUAUUUAUUUUAAUAAUAAAAAAAAAUUUCAUUCUCACACAACACAAAAAAUCCCAACCAAAGCAUUUCACAGUGUAAAUAUCGUAUGGUCUAUUUGUUAUCAUAUCAAUAUUUUGUGAAUCUCCAACUUAAUGCAGUUCUAUUUAUAAUAAUUUAUUAAUUACUAAAUAUUUAUUGAUUUGUAAAACGCAGUGUAUUAUUCCAUAUGGAAUGAAGAUACAGAAUAAAGGAUUUUCGGUUUGGAAACAGUAUCAAUAUAGAAUCAAGCGAUAAAGAAUGAAACAAAUGUUAUAUAUUCGAUAUACGCAUGAUUCAGAAAGCAGUCAACGUGAAGUAUUAAAUUAAUAAUUUGAGACUGUUUUAUAUGCGAUAUUAUUUUGUAUAAUUUAUAAUCCUGAAGCCGAUCAAUGUAAAUCGAAGAAAGAUAUGUCGUAGAAUCUGAGAAACUUAUACAUAUAUACAUAUUUGCAUUGUAUUUAAACUGUAAUCGGAAAACGCGACCGCUGCUCUCAGCAUUGGCAUGAGAUUUCGUGCCGUGUGAGAAAUCGAGCGAUCGGGAAACUACACGCUCGCCAAUGCUGAAGAGACUCUCGGUUAUACCGCAAUGCGGUACGGAUAAUGGGUAGCUCGUAUCGUUGCACCGAGGAUCUAGCCACCUAAGAUCUAGCAGUAAAAUCUAACGAGAAUGCAAACGAUAAUUUACGUAUUCGUAUCAGCGAUGCACUCGUAAUAAAUCCCGUCUAUUGAACGAAUCUUUGCGACUGGCGACUUACUAUAAACUUGAAACAAACGGAUCUUGCAACACGUACCGGAAUUGCACAUUUAUACAUAGAGGGAACUUUAAAUCGCUGUAGGAUAUGUUACUUUAUCGUCUCGAUUCAGGUCGAAUUUAGCAUUCUAGGAGGCACGGAGAGGCGAUACAAAAGUAUAUUUAUUUGAUUUAAUAGGAAAUCCCCCUCCCCCGACACAUUAUGCUAAUAUUUCACCACUACCGUUAUUGUACUUCCGUGGAAUUGCAUAGCGAGAGACGCGAGAUGACGAAUACCGCGAGUAAGCGACCGGCCCGGCGCGGAGACACGGCCCGAGAGGAUCCGCGGACUCGCACGUCCGUGGCGCUUUCUAUUUUAUUGAUUCUCUCAAUAAAGCUGCGCAGCUGUAAAGAGCGCGCAUCCUGCGCGCGUAAUAGGUCGCGAACGCUACGACAGACGUCCACCGAAGACGUCGCGGCGGAUUCUUUUUCAAGGUUUAAAAAUUGUAAUCAAUGAUAAGUUAUUAAGUCUCCACGUGAGACGCUAAUUUUACCUCCAAUCUUAGGAUUGCAGAUUGCUGUGUACGCUGGCCGCGCGUGCGCCAUCUUGUAUAUAUUGUAUCUCUUUUCUUUUUUAUAACAAUAAAUAAAAUAUUAACUAUAGA